AUGUGGAGAUGUAUGGAGUCUGUCCUAGAGUCUAACCUAGAGUCUGUCCUGGAGUCUAACCUAGAGUCUGUCCUAGAGUCUGUCCUAGAGUCUAACCGAGAGUCUGUCCUAGAGUCUAACCUAGAGUCUGUCCUAGACUCUGUCCUGGAGUCUGUCCUAGAGUCUGUCCUAGAGUCUGUCCUAGAGUCUGUCCUAGAGUCUAACCUAGAGUCUGUCCUAGAGUCUAACCUAGAGUCUGUCCUAGAGUCUAACCUAGAGUCUUUCCUAGAGUCUAACCUAGAGUCUGUCCUAGAGUCUAAUCUAGAGUCUGUCCUAGAGUCUGUCCUAGAGUCUGUCCUAGAGUCUAACCUAGAGUCUAACCUAGAGUCUAACCUAGAGUCUGUCCUGGAGUCUAACCUAGAGUCUGUCCUAGAGUCUGUCCUAGAGUCUAACCGAGAGUCUGUCCUAGAGUCUAACCUAGAGUCUGUCCUAGACUCUGUCCUGGAGUCUGUCCUAGAGUCUGUCCUAGAGUCUGUCCUAGAGUCUAACCUAGAGUCUGUCCUAGAGUCUAACCUAGAGUCUGUCCUAGAGUCUAACCUAGAGUCUUUCCUAGAGUCUAACCUAGAGUCUGUCCUAGAGUCUAAUCUAGAGUCUGUCCUAGAGUCUGUCCUAGAGUCUAACCUAGAGUCUAUCCUAGAGUCUAACCUAGAGUCUAACCUAGAGUCUGUCCUAGAGUCUGUCCUAGAGUCUAACCUAGAGUCUGUCCUAGAGUCUAACCUAGAGUCUGUCCUAGAGUCUAACCUAGAGUCUGUCCUAGAGUCUGACCUAGAGUCUGUCCUAGAGUCUAACCUAGAGUCUGUCCUAGAGUCUAACCUAGAGUCUGUCCUAGAGUCUGUCCUAGAGUCUGUCCUAGAGUCUGUCCUAGAGUCUAACCUAGAGUCUGUCCUAGAGUCUAACCUAGAGUCUGUCCUAGAGUGUAACCUAGAGUCUGUCCUAGAGUCUAACCUAGAGUCUGUCCUAGAAUGUAACCUAGAGUCUGUCCUAGAGUCUAACCUAGAGUCUGUCCUAGAGUCUAUCCUAGAGUCUAACCUAGAGUCUGUCCUAGAGUCUAACCUAGAGUCUGUCCUAGAGUCUAACCUAGAGUCUGUCCUAGAGUCUAACCUAGAGUCUGCCCUAGAGUCUGACCUAGAGUCUGUCCUAGAGUCUAACCUAGAGUCUAACCUAGAGUCUGUCCUAGAGUCUAACCUAGAGUCUGUCCUAGAGUCUGUCCUAGAGUCUAACCUAGAGUCUGUCCUAGAGUCUAACCUAGAGUCUGUCCUAGAGUGUAACCUAGAGUCUGUCCUAGAGUCUAACCUAGAGUCUGUCCUAGAGUCUAACCUAGAGUCUGUCCUAGAGUCUGUCCUAGACUCUGUCCUAGAGUCUGCUGUCCUAGAGUCUGUCCUAGAGUCUAACCUAGAGUCUGUCCUAGAGUCUGUCCUAGAGUCUAACCUAGAGUCUGUCCUAGAGUCUAACCUAGAAGUCUCUGUCCUAGAGUCUGUACUAGAGUCUAACCUAGAGUCUGUCCUAGAGUCUAACCUAGAGUCUGUCCUAGAGUCUGUCCUAGAGUCUAACCUAGAGUCUGUCCUAGAGUCUGUCCUAGAGUCUAACCUAGAGUCUGUCCUAGAGUCUAACCUAGAGUCUGUCCUAGAGUCUGUCCUAGAGUCUAACCUAGAGUCUGUCCUAGAGUCUGUCCUAGAGUCUGUCCUAGAGUCUAACCUAGAGUCUGUCCUAGAGUCUAACCUAGAGUCUGUCCUAGAGUCUAACCUAGAGUCUGUCCUAGAGUCUGUCCUAGAGUCUAACCUAGAGUCUGUCCUAGAGUCUGUGCUAGAGUCUGUCCUAGAGUCUAACCUAGAGUCUGUCCUAGAGUCUGUCCUAGAGUCUAACCGAGAGUCUGUCCUAGAGUCUGUCCUAGAGUCUAACCUAGAGUCUGUCCUAGAGUCUGUCCUAGAGUCUAACCUAGAGUCUGUCCUAGAGUCUAACCUAGAGUCUGUCCUAGAGUCUGUCCUAGAGUCUAACCUAGAGUCUGUCCUAGAGUCUGUCCUAGAGUCUAACCUAGAGUCUGUCCUAGAGUCUGUCCUAGAGUCUAACCUAGAGUCUGUCCUAGAGUCUGUCCUAGAGUCUAACCUAGAGUCUGUCCUAGAGUCUGUCCUAGAGUCUGUCCUAGAGUCUAACCUAGAGUCUGUCCUAGAGUCUAACCUAGAGUCUGUCCUAGAGUCUAACCUAGAGUCUGUCCUAGAGUCUGUCCUAGAGUCUAACCUAGAGUCUGUCCUAGAGUCUGUGCUAGAGUCUGUCCUAGAGUCUAACCUAGAGUCUGUCCUAGAGUCUAACCUAGAGUCUGUCCUAGAGUCUGUCCUAGAGUCGGUCCUAGAGUCUGUCCUAGAGUUUAACCUAGAGUCUGUCCUAGAGUCCGUCCUAGAGUCUAACCUAGAGUCUAACCUAGAGUCUUUCCUGGAGUCUAACCUAGAGUUUGAGGGUGGUUAG